CGUCAAGCUUCAAUUCCACCUUCUCGCCAGUGGAAUUUAAUCUCAGCUCCUGCACCUUUAGGGCAGACGAGAACAUAAAAGAAGCAAAAGCUGGCAGGCUGACGGGAACUUCCAUCUUUACAGGACGGAUUAUCUGGUAACUGACCAUUUAGCUGUGGCACACUCGGACUCUGUGUUUAGCGUGGGAUUUUGACCAUGAGCUCAGUCGCAGUACUUACGCAGGAAAGCUUCAAUGAGCACCGCAGUGGGCUCUUGCCAGAGCAGAAGGGUGGUGAGUCUGCUGUGGCAGGACCCAGUGGUGUAGAGGAGGAAGAUGCCCUUCCUACCUACAAGGAUGCCUUCCCUCCUCUGCCCGAGAAGGCGGCAUCUCCUGAGGGGACCCAGGAAACUGUCUGGACGUCCAAGAUCCGUCCUCUCAAGUCCUCCAUUAUCACCCAGGUUUUCCAUGUGCCACUCGAAGAGCGCAAGUACAAGGACAUCAACCAGUUUGGGGAGGGAGACCAAGCAAAGGUCUGUGUGGACAUCAUGAACAGGACCGGCGCCCACCUGGAACUCUCCUUGGCCAAAGAUCAGGGUCUCUCCAUCAUGGUCUCCGGAAAACUGGACGCUGUGAUGAAGGCCCGCAAGGAGAUUGUGUCCCGACUGCAGACUCAGGCUACAACUUCUGUUGCCAUCCCCAAGGAGCACCACCGUUUUGUCAUCGGUAAGAGCGGGGAGAAGCUUCAGGAGCUUGAACUUAAGACCGCCACCAAAAUCCAAAUCCCACGACCUGACGACCCCAGCAACCAGAUCAAGAUCUCUGGCACCAAGGAGGGUCUGGAGAAGGCAAAGCACGAGAUCUUGUUGAUCUCUGCUGAGCAGGACAAGCGUGCUGUAGAGAGGGUGAACAUUGAUAAGGUGUACCAUCCAUUCCUCACUGGUGCCUACAACAAGCUGGUAGGAGAGUUGAUGCAGGAGACUGGUGCCCGCAUCAAUGUUCCCCCUCCCAGCGUGAACAAGACUGAGAUCGUCAUCACUGGGGAAAAGGAGCAGGUGGCCCUUGCUGUGGCUGCGAUCAAGAAGAUCUAUGAAGACAAGAAGAAGAAUGCCACCACUAUUGCGGUGGAGGUGAAGAAGUCUCAGCACAAGUAUGUGAUCGGCCCCAAGGGAAACACCCUCCAGGAGAUCCUGGAUAAAACCGGUGUGUCGGUCGAAAUCCCACCAUCCGACAGCAGCUCAGAAACUGUCAUCCUUCGCGGUGAGCCGGACCGUCUGGGCCAGGCUCUCACUGAAGUUUAUGCCAAGGCAAACAGCUACACUAUUUCCUCGGUAUCAGCUCCCUCUUGGCUUCACCGUUUCAUUAUUGGCAAGAAGGGGCAGAACUUGGCCAAGAUUACCCAGCAGUGGCCUAAGGUGCACAUUGAAUUCACUGAGGGAGAGGAGAGAAUCACCCUGGAGGGUCCCACCAAAGACGUGCAGAUGGUGCAGAGUCAGAUUCAAGACAUCGUAACUGAUUUGAUAAGCCGUAUGGAUUAUGCGGAGAUCAGCGUGGAUCCGAAAUUCCACCGGCACCUGAUUGGAAAAGGCGGCGGUAACAUCAACCGCAUCAAAGAACUGCACAAGGUGACCGUCCGCAUCCCCCCUGAUAAUGAGAAGAGCAACCUCAUCCGCAUCGAGGGGGAUCCUCAGGGUGUACUGGAAGCCAAGAAGGAGCUGCUUGAGCUUGCGUCACGCAUGGAGAACGAGCGUACAAAGGACCUGAUCAUUGAACAGCGUUUUCAUAGAGCCAUCAUUGGCCAAAAGGGGGAGAAAAUAAAAGAAGUGCGCGACAAAUUCCCAGAUGUCAUCAUCAAUUUCCCCGACCCAGCACAGAAGAGUGACAUCGUUCAACUUAGGGGCCCACGAACUGAAGUGGAAAAAUGCGCCAAGUUCAUGCAGAAGAUAGUGGCUGAAAUGGUGGAGAACAGCUUCUCUGUCUCAGUCCCCAUCUUCAAGCAGUUCCACAGAAACAUAAUUGGAAAAGGAGGCUCAAACAUCAAGAAGAUUCGGGAGGAAACCACCACAAAAAUUGAUCUGCCCGCCGAGAACAGCAACUCCGAGAUGAUCAUCAUCACCGGGAAGAAGGCGAAUUGUGAGGCUGCGCGGAAUCGCAUCUUGGCAAUUCAGAAGGAGCUGGCGAACAUCACAGAGAUGGAGGUUUCCAUUCCCUCCAAGCUGCACAACUCCUUGAUUGGGACCAAGGGCCGGUUGGUUCGCGCCAUCAUGGAGGAGUGUGGCGGCGUCCACAUCCACUUCCCCUCUGAGGGCUCAGGGAUCGAUAAGGUCACCAUCCGAGGCCCCGUGGAGGACGUAGAGAAAGCCAAGCAACAACUACUUGGUUUGGCAGAGGAGAAGCAAAUAAAGAGCCACACUGCCGAGCUACGUGCCAAGCCGGAAUACCACAAGUUCCUGAUCGGAAAAGGUGGCGGAAACAUCCGCAAGGUCCGCGACAGCACCGGAGCGAGGAUUAUCUUCCCCACCGCGGAGGAUAAAGACCAGGAGCUCAUCACUGUGGUUGGCACUGAGGAGGCAGUGCGGGAGGCUCAGAAGGAGCUGGAGCACCUCAUCAAGAGUUUGGACAAUGUUGUUGAAGAUACGAUGAGCGUUGAUCCCAAGCACCAUCGCUACUUUGUGUCUCGCCGUGGCCAAGUGCUCAGGGACCUUGCUGACGAGUAUGGCGGCGUGAUGGUGAGCUUCCCUCGCACUGGUUCUCAGAGUGAGAAGGUCACCCUCAAAGGAGCCAAAGAAUGUGUGGAGGCAGCCAAGAAGCGCAUGCAGGAGAUCGUUGAGGACUUGGACGCUCAGGUGACUAUGGAGUGUGUGAUUACUCAAAAGUUCCACCGCUCCAUCAUGGGUCCUAAGGGCUCACGGAUCCAGCAGAUUACCAGAGAUCACAACGUACAGAUUAAGUUCCCAGAGCGUGAGGACCCACAAGCGGCACCUCCUGCGGACGCUCCCGUUCAAGAGAACGGAGAAGCAAAUGGAGAAGUGAAGGAGCCUGUCGAUCCAAAUGCACCCAAAAAGUGUGACGUGAUCGUGAUUUCUGGCCGCAAAGAGCGGUGCGAGGCUGCCAUAGAAGCACUGAAGUCCUUGGUUCCUUUGACCAUCGAGGUAGAAGUGCCUUUUGAGCUUCAUCGAUACAUCAUCGGACAGAAGGGAAGUGGAAUUCGUAAGAUGAUGGAUGAAUUUGAGGUUAAUAUUCAAGUGCCUGCCCCUGAGCUGCAGUCUGAUCAAAUCGCCAUCACCGGUUUGGCCGAUCACCUGGAUCGUGCCAGAGAGGGCCUCCUGGAGCGCGUCAAAGAGCUGCAGGCCGAGCAGGAAGAUCGGGCACUCAGGAGCUUUAAACUGACCAUCACUGUGGAUCCUAAGUAUCACCCCAAAAUUAUCGGACGCAAGGGUGCCAUAAUUACAACCAUCCGCACCGAGCACGAUGUAAACAUCCAGUUCCCCGAGAAGAAUGACGAAAACCAGGACCAGAUAACCAUUACAGGGUACGAGCACAAAGCCAUAGCUGCCAGAGACGCCAUCCAGGCCAUCGUGGAUGAGCUGGAGGACAUGAUCUCUGAGGACAUCAGCCUGGACAACAGGGUCCACGCCCGCAUCAUUGGCGCUCGCGGCAAAGGCAUCCGCAAAAUCAUGGAUGAGUUUAAGGUUGAUCUCAGGUUUCCCCAAAGUGGAGCUGCAGACCCAAAACGGGUGACGGUCACAGGUCGCCCUGAGCUCGUGGAUGAGGCCAUCGAUCACCUCCUUAACCUGGAAGAGGAAUAUCUAGCAGAUGUUGUGGAGAACGAGGCAAAGAUGGCGUACAUGAGGCCCCCGGGUGGAAGUGUUGCUGCCGGCGAUGAGCAGCGUGGACCGUCCAAGGGCUUCGUGGUGAGGGAGGCUCCAUGGACCACGGGCAAUGAGAAGGCUCCGGCUCCCGACAUGUCCAGCUCUGAAGAUUUCCCGAGCUUCGGAGCCCCAGUGGCGACUAAGACGUCUCCCUGGGGACCAAAGCGCUUCUGAGCGUCGCUGCUGCUGCUGCUGCUGCUGCUGCUGCAGCUGCUGCACACGAGCCCGUAACCGAAACACAAUCAUCCCCCGUCGUCCCCACAUAACCCCCGCCCCCCCGAAUUUGACCCCGGACUGACUGCUGACCCUCAAAGUCUUCAGUUCCUGAGAACGUCAUCUUUCUCUGUUUAGCGUAUCCUGGGCUGUCUUUGCAGAUUCAUCAGGUGCCGUCAUUGACUCGUGAGCUUUGCAUUCAAAAGAAAAGAAACAAAGAAAUGUGUCGUGUUAAGAAAAGAGGAAGAAAAGUGACACUGAAGUCGAAACAAAAAAACAAAGCGGACAUUGAAAUGUUCAUCGUGGUUUGAACUGUUAUACCAAAAUGAAACGGUGGCCUGACAUGAGUUUAUUUUUUUAGAGCUGCCCUUCUCUUAGUUGCCUUUGCACGGUGGGGGGGGCGACAGGGUUUUGAAUUACCACUGGUGAUGUGACCCACCCGUGGUGGGUCACAUGUUUCACUGACCUCCCUCCCCUCCUGCUUCACUCAUGUAGCCCAGUUGAAUCUUUAGCCCUCAUGCACACUGUCAUAGUGGUUUUGUCCUUCUGUCACAUCUUCUCCAUUUGCUCUUAUAACUGUGCUCCUGUGAUUAUAGUCGAGUAGUGGCACGUACCUUUAUCGCCUUAUGAAUUGAUAAAUGCUAUGAGUUGGGGGGAGGAGGAGGAGGAGGAGGAGGAGGAGAAGGUGUUGGGAGGAUUCAGCUGCUGCAGGAUGGCACCUACUCAAACUGCCAGAUGUGUGGAGAUCACACCAGAACUCAAACUUCUUUACAACACUAGGUCUCCAGCUCCAACGCAUCAAACCUCGUACUUUAAAACUGUCGAAUGAACUUAUUUUUGUGACACUUGAAGAGUAAAUCAAACUACAGAAAAGAAGAAGAAGAAGAAACUAAAGACUGUUUGUUUGUGAGCAGAACAGCAAACCACCACCAUGUGCCAACUCUCUGUUUAGUCUGUGUUACUCAUCAUCUGUGUAUUGGGUCAGUGUCCAGUCCUUUUGUCUUCCACUUGCUAUGCAGAAUGUUCUGUUUGAAUAGCAAUGUCCCCUUUUUUUAUCAGCCUUACAACUAGAAGGAUACAAACCAGGUAGAGGUGCAGAUGUUGUUUGUUUGUUUUUUUUUGUUUUUUUAAGAUCGACUGGACGGGUUUGUCGAUUUGUUCCUCUGAAAGUUCUCGGAAAAAUCCCCUCGUUCUAAUCGUAACUCGUUUAAUUUUUGCUCAAAAGGAGCAGAUAUACUUCAGCAUCCACCAUCAACCUACCUUGGUUUAUAUCAUCCUAGUACAGAAUGAAAGAUUUAUGCAAAUACCAUUGAAGUGAACGGUUAUGGAUGACACUGGAAAAGAAAUUGUCCAAAAAGUCAAUAAAAAUUGAAAAUGAA